AUCUCCAUCCUUCACUGCCCCUCCCCCUCCUGCUCGUUUCGCUCCCUCCACUCUGCAACUAACCUCUCUUUCUCUCUCUAGCGCGCUCGCUCUUUCUCUCUCUACACCUCCCUCUCUUCCUCGUUCUUUCGCCUUAUCUCUUUGAAUUCCGUUCUCCAUGGCCAUGAGGGGGGAAGAGAAGGGCGUGCUGGUGUGCCGCGGCAUCCCGGGCCUCGCCGCCGCGGCGGAGGGCCGCGGGCCGCCAUUGUGGAGCCGGUCGCGGCUGUGCCUGAGGACCGGGGAUCCCGGCGGCGGCGGCGGCGGCGGCGGCGGGGGGUUCGCGGCGCUGUCGGUGGCGGAGAAGGGGAGCCGGAGGAGGAGCGAGUGCGAGCCGACGCCGGCGCAGCUGCUGAAGCACCCGCUGGCGACGGUGGCCCUCGUGCCGAGGGACGCGGCGCUGUUCGUCGCCGGGGCCAUCGCGGGCGCCGCCGCGAAGACCGUCACGGCUCCGCUCGACCGGAUUAAGCUUCUUAUGCAGACUCAUGGGGUUCGAGUUGGACAACAAAGUGCAAAGAAGGCUAUUGGUUUUGCCGAGGCUAUCACAAUGAUAGGCAAAGAAGAAGGAAUGAAAGGUUACUGGAAGGGCAACCUCCCGCAGGUGAUAAGAAUUAUACCAUACAGCGCCGUCCAACUAUUUGCUUAUGAAUUUUACAAGAAACUCUUUAAGGGAAAAGAUGGUGAACUUUCUGUUGUUGGAAGACUAAUGGCUGGUGCUUGUGCUGGCAUGACUUCUACCUUUGUCACCUACCCAUUGGAUGUCCUACGUUUGCGCUUGGCAGUGGAACCUGGACAUAGAUCAAUGUCACAGGUUGCCCUGAGCAUGCUGAAAGAGGAAGGGUUGGCAUCAUUUUACAAAGGUCUAGGACCCGCUCUAAUAGGAAUAGCUCCUUACAUUGCAGUGAACUUCUGCAUGUUUGAUUUGAUAAAAAAAUCUUUGCCAGAGAAAUAUCAAAAGAGGACUGAAGCAUCUCUUGUAACAGCAUUGCUCUCAGCUGGCCUUGCCACAAUAACGUGUUAUCCCCUAGACACCGUCAGAAGACAGAUGCAGAUGAAGGGUGUCCCUUACAAGACAGUUCUGGAUGCUUUUCCAGGUAUUAUUGAACGGGAUGGAGUGAUUGGCUUAUAUCGAGGAUUUUUGCCAAAUGCAUUGAAAAACUUACCAAAUAGCAGCAUUAGGCUUACGACAUAUGAUACAGUCAAACGCUUGAUUGCUGCUGGUGAAAAAGAGCUCGAGAGGAUUAAGGAGGAAAACCGCCUGAAACAAAAUGGAGCAGCCGCCGACUUUUAAAAGAUCCAAUUCUUUCAGUCAUUAUUUCUUCUCCUUUUUCUGUCAAAAUAUUGAUUUUUGCGGGCAUAUAUAUCGAGCAGGAUGGGGGCCAUUGUUUACGACCAGGCUUUCUCACUAGGAGAUGGUAUCAGAUGGUCCAACGGUUGCUCAAUCUUUGGCAUGACUCUUGAGGGGUCCUUGAGAAGUCAUCGUUCGAGCUGGUCGGCAGGCAAUUUUUUCCUUAUUUUUUCUGUGAUGUAGCGUUGGAUUAUUUUGGUUUUUACCUGUCAUUACGUCUCUGUAGUGUACUCGAUUCUCUUAGAACCCAGCUUCAUGGGUUACUUGCAGGUCAAUCCUGCGACUCCCAUACCUCUGCUUGGACGCGAUUAGUUUCUGUCGAUGCUACAGUUUCGAAUACACAAUUACUUUCUGUGAUGGUGAUAGGCUUGAUCAGUUUCCCCGUCCA